AAUAAGGACAGCGGCGAACGUGAGAACAAGCAGCUUAGAGAAGAUGACGAAGAGGAGACCGUCAAGCACAAGGAGCUCAAACUGCGAAACUACGAGCCUGAAGAUGAGGAGCUGAAGAAGAGGAAGGUGCCCCAGGCCAAGCCAGCUUCAGUGGAAGACAAGGUGAAGGACCAGCUGGAGGCUGCCAAGCCGGAGCCCAUCAUCGAGGAGGUGGAUCUGGCAAACCUAGCUCCCAGGAAGCCAGACUGGGAUUUGAAGCGAGAUGUAGCCAAGAAACUGGAGAAGCUGGAGAAGAGGACGCAGAGAGCCAUCGCUGAAUUGAUACGAGAGCGGUUGAAAGGGCAGGAGGAGGAGCUGGCAUCUGCUGUCGGGUCAGCAAAGCAGGAGGGAAGCGACUCCGACUGA